GAAAGUGUGGCCAUGGCAUCCGUAUCAGCGCCUGUUACAUUCAGAGAGUUCUGCCCAUUGUACUAUCUCCUCAAUGCCAUUCCCACGAAGAUCCAGAAGGGUUUCCGCUCGAUGGUGGUCUACCUCACAGCCCUCGACACCAAUGGGGACUACAUCGCGGUGGGCAGCAGCAUCGGCAUGCUCUAUCUGUACUGCCGGCACUUCAACCGCAUGAGGAAGUACAACUUUGAGGGGAGAACAGAGCCCAUCACUGUGGUGAAGCUGCUAAGCUGCUUCGAUGACCUUGUGGCAGCAGGUACAGCCUCGGGCAGGGUCGCAGUGUUUCAGCUUGUGUCCUCCUUGCCAGGGAGAAAUAAGCAGCUUCGGAGGUUUGAUGUCACUGGUAUUCACAAAAAUAGCAUUACAGCUCUGGCUUGGAGCCCCAAUGGAAUGAAAUUGUUCUCUGGAGAUGACAAAGGGAAAAUUGUUUAUUCUUCUCUGGAUCUCGACCAGGGCGUCUGCAGCUCCCACUUGGUGUUAGAGGAGCCUUCGUCCAUCGUGCAGCUGGAUUAUAGCCAGAAAGUGCUGCUCGUCUCUACUUUGCAGAGAAGUCUGCUUUUUUACACUGAAGAAAAAUCUGUCAAGCAAAUUGGAACACAACCAAGGAAAAGUACUGGGAAAUUUGGUGCUUGUUUUAUACCAGGACUCUGUAAGCAAAGCGAUCUAACCUUGUACGCAUCACGGCCUGGUCUCCGUCUAUGGAAGGCUGAUGUCCGUGGAACUGUUCAAGCCACAUUUAUCCUAAAAGAUGUUUUUGCCGGAGGAAUCAAACCUUUUGAACUAUACCCGCGUUUGGAACCCUCAGACAGAGGAGGUUGCAGCUUGCCUGAGAAGCACCUGGGGCUGGUUUCCUGUUUCUUUCAAGAAGGCUGGGUAUUGAGUUGGAAUGAAUAUAGCAUCUACCUCCUAGACACCGUCAACCAGGCCACAAUUGCUGGUUUGGAAGGAGCAGGUGAUAUUGUGUCUGUUUCCUGCACAGAAAAUGAAAUAUUUUUCUUGAAGGGAGAUAGGAACAUUAUAAGAAUUUCGAGCAGGCCUGAAGGAUUAACGUCAAUAGCGAGAGAUGGCUUGGAGAUGUCAGGAUGUUCAAAUCAAGUCCACAUGCAGCGUGUGGAGAAGCUGCCAGGGGCCACAGUUUCUGAGACAAGGCUCAGAGGCUCUUCCGUGACCAACUCGGUGCCCAGCGAGCCAAGGAGCAGGAGCAGCUCGCUCAACUCCACCGACAGCAGCUCCGGGCUCCUGCUGCCUGGGCUCCAGGCAGCCCCUGAGUCAGGCAAGGGCAGCCAGCCCUCCUUGCAGAGAUUCAGCGUCAUUAGCUCUGAAGACUUUGAUCAGGAGCUUGUUGUGAAACCUAUCAAAGUGAAAAAGAAGAAGAAAAAGAAGACAGAAGGUGGAAGCAGGAGCACCUGUCACAGUUCCCUCGAAUCAACUCCCUGCUCCGAGUUUCCUGGUGACAGUCCCCAGUCCUUGAACACAGACCUGCUAUCCAUGACCUCAAGCGUUCUGGGCAGUAGCAUGGACCAGCUGAGCACAGAGUCUCCCGACCAGGAAAGCAACCUCAGUGGCGAGGUGAAUGGAGUCUUGCAGGAAAAUAUUGACCCUGAAACAUUUAGUGUCCUGGCGGUACCUGACCCUGCUCCUGACUUACUGGAUGAAGAGGAUCACGUUAGAAUUGAAAUUCCACGCUGUAACCACACACAUGAGCUGGAGCCGCUCGAUGGAAUGUUGAGUUUACCCUUGCUCCCUAGGGGAGAUGUGGAAGGUAGUGAUGUUACAGGACUGGAAGAGGAGCCUUGUCCUUCGGAUGACGGACCAAAUAGCAACCAGUUACCUUUCCAAGAACAGGACCACUCUGCCCAGGCACACGAGGGGGAGGACUUGGAGCCCAGUGACCCCCAAAACACUUUUUCAGAAGCCCCCCUCCUAGACUCACUCAUGGUGCCUUCCAGCCUCAGCUGGGUCCCAGGUCCUGAGCAGAGGCUGCCUGGGACCAGAGCUGACAAAGGCAGCACCGAGGAGCCCAGCCAAGAGCAGGAUAUCCUAACCGAAGUGGGGGCCCCUGGCCACCUCAGCUCAAACCCCUGGCAUACUCUCACUGACAGUGACACGGGUCAGAAAGAAACGUCCACUUCUGAAUGUGACUUGGGGAGAGUGGGAGGACAGUUGACUCCAAUCUCUGCAUUGGCGGCCAGCACCCAUGAGCCUUGGCUUGAGCACCCCUCACGGGAUCAGGUGUUGACAUCCAGUGACGAGGAGGACAUCUACGCCCAUGGGCUUCCUUCUUCAGCCUCAGAGACGAGUGUGACAGAGCUCGGAGCUAGUCGCUCCCCACAGGACCUGAGCCAGCCAGGUGCAGGUGACACAGGGCUGCUCAAGUCAGAUCAGUUUGCAGAAAGCUGGAUGGGCUACUCGGGUCCCGGCUAUGGCAUACUCAGCUUGGCGGUCUCCGAGAAGUAUAUUUGGUGCCUGGACUACAAAGGUGGCCUGUUCUGCAGUGCACUGCCGUGCGCUGGGCUGCGCUGGCAGAAGUUUGAAGAUGCCGUCCAGCAGGUGGCAGUCUCACCUUCAGGAGCCCUUCUCUGGAAGAUCGAACAGAAAUCUAACCGAGCUUUUGCAUGUGGAAAGGUCACCAUCAAGGGGAAGCGGCACUGGUACGAAGCCCUGCCCCAGGCAGUGUUUGUGGCCCUGAGUGACGACACGGCCUGGAUCAUCAGGACGAGCGGGGACCUGUACCUGCAAACAGGUCUCAGCGUGGAUCGCCCCUGCGCCAGGGCCGUAAAGGUUGACUGUCCCUACCCGCUGUCCCAGAUCACAGCCCGAAACAGCGUGGUGUGGGCGCUGACGGAGCAGAGGGCCCUCCUGUACCGGGAGGGCGUGAGCAGCUUCUGCCCAGAAGGGGAGCAGUGGAAGUGUGACAUCGUCAGUGAAAGGCAAGCAUUAGAGCCUGUCUGCAUAACUCUUGGGGAUCAGCAGACUCUCUGGGCCCUGGACAUCCACGGAAACCUGUGGUUCAGAACUGGCAUUGUUUCCAAGAAGCCCCAAGGAGAUGACGACCACUGGUGGCAAGUGAGCAUCACAGACUAUGUGGUGUUCGACCAGUGCAGCUUAUUCCAGACAAUAAUCCACGCCACACACUCAGUGGCCACAGCAGCCCAAGCGCCUGUAGAAAAGGUAGCGGAUAAACUGCGCAUGGCAUUCUGGUCUCAGCAGCUUCAGUGCCAGCCGAGCCUUCUAGGAGUCAAUAACAGCGGUGUCUGGAUCUCCUCGGGCAAGAAUGAAUUCCAUGUCGCUAAAGGAAGUCUCCUAGGCACUUACUGGAAUAAUGUUGUUCCCCGUGGGACAGCUUCUGCUACAAAAUGGGCCUUCGUCUUGGCUUCUGCUGCUCCUACGAAGGAAGGAAGCUCCUUGUGGCUGUGCCAGAGCAGCAAGGACCUGUGCAGCGUCAGUGCCCAGAGCGCGCAGUCCCGCCCCUCCACGGUGCAGCUGCCUCCCGACACGGAGAUGAGGGCCUAUGCCGCCUGCCAGGACGCGCUGUGGGCCUUGGACAGCCUCGGCCAGGUGUUUAUCAGGACGCUAUCCAAGAGCUGCCCCACGGGCAUGCACUGGACCCGGCUGGACCUUUCCCAACUAGGAGCCGUAAGACUGACGAGCUUGGCAUGUGGAAAUCAGCACAUCUGGGCCUGUGAUUCCAGGGGUGGCGUUUACUUCCGUGUAGGAACCCAGCCUCUAAAUCCCAGUCUGAUGCUUCCUGCCUGGAUAAUGAUUGAGCCACCUGUGCAGCCCGCCGGGGUCACCUUGGUCAGUGUCCAUUCCAGCCCCAACGACCAGAUGCUGUGGGCGCUCGACAGCCGGUGGAACGUGCACGUUCGGGCUGGGAUCACCGAGGAGAUGCCUGUGGGGACCGACUGGGAGCACGUGCCAGGGUUGCAGGCCUGCCAGCUGGCGCUGAGCACCAGAACCGUGUGGGCCCGCUGUCCAAACGGCGAUCUCGCGCGGCGGUAUGGCAUCACAGACAAAAACCCUGCUGGGGACUACUGGAAGAAAAUUCCUGGAAACGUGUCGUGCUUCACAGUGACUGCAUCAGACGAGCUGUGGGCAGUGGGCCCCCCCGGCUACCUCCUCCAGCGGCUGACAAAGACGUUCAGCCACUUGCACGUGGCCCCGAAGAGCAGCCAGGCCACCACCCCCCACCCCGAGGACCUGGAGGACGAAUGGGAGGUCAUCUGAAGGAGCCCCAGGGGCAGGAGGCAGCCGGGCUCCAGUAGUGGACCCUGUGAGUUUCUGAGACACUCCCUGGUGGACAUGCCACAUCGGCCCUUGUCCAGACACCUCUGGCCAGGUUGGACACCAAGUACUUGCUUUCAUCCACGUUUGUUUCUGUCUCCUUCCAAAAGGCACAGCCUCCGCCAACGACUGGACCUGUUGCUGCAGCAGCACCUUUGAACUCUUGCCAGGGUUGUCUGCGGGGGUUGGGGGACAGCAGCCGCUGCCCGGUUGCAUGCACUGCCGUUACCCAUGUGCUGCAGUCCUGUUCUCUCCAACAAACAACUCCAGGUUCCCUUGGCGGGAGGUGACUCCAGAAGCCUCCCAUGGGCAGGAUGAGCCAGAGCCAGGAGUGGGGGACACACCUGAGGGGUCGGUCCAGGGACUGUUUCCACAUUCAUGGCCCCAGGGCUAAACGGAGUGAAAGUCAGCACCCUCUAGCCCCCGAUGUGCUCAGUGGUCGCUUUGUCUCUGUCACGGGGCCCCCCCAAGAUGCAGGUUCCAGGGCACAUCCCACACCAGACACUGCAGAUGGGAAACCAGGGCCAGGUUUGAGGUGGGGCACUGGCUGUGCCAGGAUGGAGAACACACACAGGCACACACUUGCCACACUACGCCACACCCUCGCCACCCACGCAUAGGGCAAGCUGCUCGCCUCCUGGAGAACACGCUUCAGCCAAAACAAUAAAGGCCAGUGGAUGCGGAGACGGCACAGCAGGGCGCUGGGCAGACGUGGGGAGCUUAGCCACGGUAGCUACCGUAGAAAUGUCUUGGUGGUGACAUUUAAUGCUGCUGGCAGAUAUCAUAAAACCAGACACAUCCUCAGAGGAUGAAUCUACUAAUGAUUGCCUUUUUUGUUUGUUGUAUUACAAACCUGCAUAAGAUACCUCAUUUGAAAUCAAAUCUUACAAAUUUAGAAGAGAAAUGUAUUUUCUGAAAACAGUGGAAGGCCUUUUGCCCCUUCCCGUGAUUCAUCCUGAGCCUGAACCGCCCUUGCCUGCAGCUUCAGAGGGGUGGGUGUGCCCAGCCUGUCCCUUGCAGGGUGGUCACGGGACCUGCCAGCUGGCUCCGGGAGGCAGCCUGGACCUUCAGCGGACGUUUGGGGUGACACUCCCAGCAGGGUGAAACCAGGGCCUGUGGUGGACGGUGGCGGUGGCCCAUCAGCCUCGGUCCUUGGGGUCCCGGGCAGCACCCACUCUGCCCACUGGCAUCUGGGCUUCUGGACGAGGCCACCCAAGCCCACCGCUCUUCCCUCCUGACGCAGCUUCCCGGCAGGGCUCCAGGCUGGCUGCUUUUCUUAGUCUGCCCCUGGCCCAGGCCCAGUUACUUGAUGCCUGUGUUUUACAAAGCGAGAGUGGCAGGGACCCCUCCGGCCAGGUGGAGAGCAAUAGAACACGUUCUCUGACAGGACCCAGCCAGCCACCAAGAUGGAGGUGUUCCAGGUCUAAAUGAGGACAAGAUGCUGAAAUCCCAGAUCUUACUUCACACUUCACUUUUAUAGAGCCCUUUUUUAAAAGUUUGGUGACAGCAGAGGCUGCCCCAGGCUGGGCUGCUGUCUCCCGUGUCUGUCGUGCCUUGCCCGGCUCCUCACGAAUGGCAACGCUCUCCUCCAC